AUGAUUUUAUUUGUAGGUCCAAUUUAUGAAUUAACAGAUCCAGAUAAAAUACGUAUAAAAGUAUUUGCUCGUCUGAUUUCAAUGCCUGUUCAACUCAAAUAUUUUCUUGCUGAUCAAUUUGAAUGGCUUUUAUAUAUUACACAGUAUGCUUUGGAUGAUUUGCGACACAAUGCAUUAAAUACUGUUCAAUAUGCUGAAUUUAGUAUUCCAAGUUGUCAUCGUAGUCGAAAUGAAUCAAGUCAUAUUGGUAAACAUCUUGUACCUCUUGUUAGUACUUAUAUGCCUAAUUUACAAACAUUACGUCUUUGGAGACCAGAUGACUUUCCUUGGACAUCGAUUCGACCUGACAUUCAAUCUGAAAAAUUUUAUGGAAAAUUAGUUAGACAAUGGCUGAAGUUUUUACAUACGCCUCAAUCUAUCAAUGAACAUGUGAAUGUUUUUGAUCAUGAUCUUUGCCAAUUAAUUGAACAAUUAAAAAAACUUGUCUAUCUUGAUAUUCGUGGUUGUAUUUCUUAUGAUAAAAUUGAACCUUACCGUUUAAGAGUUCAAACUCGCUUUCCAAAUAGUCAAAUUCAUAUUUCUGCAUCAAGAUUUCGUCUUUGGAUAUAA